GGGUUACUGAACGCGUAGGACCGACAAGGGUGUUAAUUGUUGACAAUUGAGAUACAAACUGAAACCUGUCGUCGCUUGACAGAACGUGUGUGCAAUGGGAAAUGUAAAGUGGUGGCUUUACGGAGGGGGUCUCCAGUCCGCAACUUCGCGUCUCCGGGCCAAACAGCGGAGCUUGGGCCACUUGUAUACAUCCUCCAUAUGGACUAUGUCACCACCAAGAGGUUCGUACAUAGAAAUAAACAUUGAUUAUAGGCAGUCAAUUGAUUCUCGAUCCUUUGGUUGUUCAAUUUUUUCUAUAUACAAUGCAUUUAGUAGCAAUAAUGAGCCCAUUGGCGCCAACCGAGUGAAUAUAACUGGUUUUAUGCCCCAAAAUGGUCAAAAGAAUAAGACACAUGAGAAUAAACCUGCCAUAUCUUACUGCAGUAACACCUAGCGUACGUUGUACCGUGCGAAUUGUGAUAAAUAUACACAGCACGGCGUGGCUCAAGGCCUAUACUUCCAACCCAAACUAAUGUGACCCCAAAUUGUCGGAAUCAAUC